GCCUUUCCCGUACGUGAGGCAAGAUGUCUCACCGCAAGUUUAGCGCGCCCCGUCAUGGGUCCAUGGCCUUCUACCCCAAGAAGCGCUGUAGGCGCCACCGUCCCAGGGUAAAGACCUUCCCCAAGGAUGACAAGAGCAAGCCAGUGCACCUCACAGCUUUCCUCGGCUACAAGGCUGGCAUGACCCACAUUGUCAGGGUUGCUGAUAAGCCUGGAUCAAAGAUCAACAGGAAAGAGGUGUUGGAAGCUGUGACCAUCAUUGAAACUCCCCCCAUGGUCUGCGUUGGUGUCGUUGGUUACAUCCAGACGCCACGUGGUCUGCGCGUGUUGAAGACCAUUUGGGCCGAGCAUUUGUCAGAGGAAUGCAAGAGGAGAUUCUACAAGAACUGGCAUAAGUCCAAGAAGAAGGCUUUCACCAAUGCUGCUCAGAAGUGGCAGGAUUCCCUUGGCAAGAAAAUGAUCAAGAGGGAGAUUGCCAAGAUGAAGAAAUACUGCACACACAUCCGUAUCAUUGCCCACACCCAGGUCAGAAUCCUCCGCAAGAAGUUCAAGAAGGCCCACAUCAUGGAGAUCCAGCUGAAUGGUGGUACAGUUUCUGAGAAGGUUGACUGGGCAGUUUCCCACUUUGAGAAGCAGAUCCCUCUUGACUCAGUCUUUGCCCAAGAUGAGAUGAUUGAUGUUAUUGGUGUCACUAAGGGCAAGGGAAUGAAGGGUGUAACUUCUCGAUGGGGCACAAAGAAGCUGCCCCGCAAGACCCACAAGGGUCUCCGUAAGGUUGCCUGUAUUGGAGCUUGGCAUCCUAGCCGUGUGCAGUUCACUGUUGCACGUGCUGGUCAGAAGGGUUACCACCAUCGUACCGAGAGGAACAAGAAGAUUUACCGUAUCGGUAAGGGCAUCCACACCAAGGAUGGCAAGGUUAUCAAGAACAAUGCCUCCACUGAUUACGACUUGACGGAGAAGACCAUUACUCCCAUGGGUGGUUUCCCCCACUAUGGUGAAGUUAACCAAGACUUCAUUAUGCUGAAGGGUUGCACUGCUGGCCCCAGGAAGAGGGUGCUGUGCAUGAGGAAGUGCCUGUAUCCCCAGACCAAGCGUUCUGCCAUGGAGAAGAUUGACUUGCAAUUCAUUGAUACCAGCAGCAAGUAUGGUCACUCCUGCUUCCAGACCAGUGCCGAGAAGUCUGCCUUUAUGGGUCCCCUCAAGAAGGACAAGGCGAAGAAACUGGCUGCUGCCCAGAAGAGUUAAUUGCUUGCAGAAUAAACUUGGAAGUGGAA